AUGUGCGAUCGCGGGUUGAUGGCAACAGAUGAGACGGCUGAGAUGGGUAAGGCUGAAAGUGGGGAGUUCGUCAAGCAUGGGAUCUGUCGGGUCGAUCAGCUUCGACGUCAAUCUGGUACCUUCAUCAUUGCGUCAUGGCUCCGGACGAAGCACGAGCUAGAAUCCUGGAAGGAACCCCUCACCAGCCACGCACCAUUCUACGACGACGACGACGACGACCUCUACCAGAUAGCGAGCGCAUCUCAUCUAUUACCUUUCUGCGCUUAUCAAUCCAAACCGACCUUCCCAAGCCACCACCACGGCUUCGGGCUGACGCCUAGGGCUACGACGGAUGCCUUUCGCUUCUCAUAUAUAUUCUUGAAGUACGCAUGUGCACUGCACUAUACUGUGCCAUUUAGGCAUCAUCUCUUGCCUGGGAUCCCCUUCCGCUUGCGGCUGGGUCACACCAAAGCAUCAGCGCCCGAGGACGUGCUUUGUUUCAUAACCAUAGUAGACCAGACGCCCACAACGAAGCCUCCGAGGCCUCUCCUAUCCAUCAUGUCUCUCACCGACUCCGAAGUCGAACUGGUCAGCACGCAGUUGCAGCGGGAGACGGACGACAUUCCAGAGGAACCCGACAUGAUCCAAUCCUCGCAUUUUGAAGAGGGCCAGUCCUUCGCUCCACCCCCACGCAUCGCUGCCCGUUUCUACCACCAUGCGAGCAACCGUCGCAAGUCGUCUGCUGCCUCUUCGCGCCGCAACUCGCUGUCGUCGACACAAUCGCACACUUCCAGCCGAUCGUUUCGUAACCUCUGCCACAGCCACCAUGUCGCCCAGCACCUCCGCCGUGCCUCGAUUCUCGAAGACCGCAAGGCCCGACUGGCGGACCGCGCAGCACACGCCGAACAGGUGCGAUUGCGCGCUGCGUUAGCCAAGGCAGCUCCACGUGCCUCAAACAGUGAAGAACGAGCGUUGGCUGCGCAGCACGCACGCGAGCGCCACCUGGCUCAGGUGGCAGCCUCCUGUGCUGAGGAGGUGAGGAGGGCUAAGAAGAUUGCAGAGGAUAUGAAGGAGCGCAAAGCUGCCGAGGAGCGACGGUAUCGCGUAGAGAUGGAGGAGAAACUAGCAGAGGCUGAGAAGAGGCGGCUGGAAUACAAGCGCAACCCAAGGAGACCAAGGACCGCCAGCUCGCCCCCUGCCGCUGUGAAGACACCAGCUGAGCGUCCAGCUCCAACGUAUGAAGACGCUGCCAUUAGGAUACAGUCGGUAUGGAGGGCUAGGACACGCAAGAAUAUUGUGAAGGCGUGGCUACAGCUUGGACUGUGCAUCGACAUGGUCCAAGAGACCAGCUUCGAGGUCAUUACCGUCAUGCUCGCCGACGACAAGCUCCUGAAGAUUACGGAGAAGAUCAUGACGCUCUUCGUUCUGCUACCAGAUGCGGAUCCAACGUCGCGCAGUGCCGCUGUACGCACUUUCCUUUCUGCAUACCUCAUCCUGGGCCACCCUGCACAUGUCUUCAGCCGAGACGGUGACCAAGAGCAGGAUCUCAUCACCAAGGCUAAAGACCUCAUCAUCUCGUUCGAAUCCGCAUUAGCCAAGCUGUCAUCGUGCAACUCCUUCAUGCCCUCACCCACGCGUACAGAGACAGUGCUGUUGGCUCAUGGCAGUUUCCUGGCUGCCUUCAAUGACUGGAAGGCCCGAGAUUCAUCGGCUUUGGUUGAAACCAUGGUUGCUUCCUUCGUCAGUCUUGAUGAGAUCUGGCAAAGUGUCAAAGACGCAACUGUGGACGAGGUGGCGAACGAGUACAGGAACGGCAUUCGGGAUAACCAGGCGAUCUUGCUGAGCAAGAUCAAGAAGUUGGCUGGCCCAGACAAGGCUCUUACCCUCAUCAGGAAGGCUAUCCGUGAGAGCAGGAGAUCAAGGCCAAAGAAGAAACCAGCUGGAGAGACUGUACGACCACGCGUUGCCAUCGAUGCGUCACCGACUUCGCCAGAUUCUGCCGAGAGUGCAGUUGUCCAAGCAGAAGCCGCUUCAGAACUUGCAGCAUCUGGUAGUUUAAGCCACAACGAAUCGUCCACGCAAGGGCAUCAAGCACAAUCGCUCUCCAAGGUUUUCACCGUCGUUCCAGAUAACCGCAUCUUGGUACAUGAGUUGUCUAUUGACAAAGAGUAUCGCAUUGAUGCAUCGCCGACAGCUAAUUUGAGGGACGCACUCAACCGUGAGCUUUGCGAUGCAAUGCGCAGUGGAUUUGAAGCUGGUGAUGGCGCAAACUGGACCGCUGCCAUGGCAGAAAAUAUACGCGCCAAACUCUUACGUCUACUCAAGGCUGGCAACUCUAUGCACACGCUGAUUUCGGAGACAUUGGAUCCGCAGCUCAUCAACAGGCAGUGCAGUCAGGGGUUAUUUUCCUACGGCAAAUUCUUUGAAUUCAUUGCAGGCAUACUGCCCAAACUCUGUGCGCCUUUCCGGGAUGCGCAGGUGCAAGCUUUGGCUGAGGAACUACAAGAGGAAGGAGAGCUACCAGAGAUGGUCGAGAAAUUGUUCAAGUUACUACAUGUCAUCGAUCUUCUGUCUUUAGACUACUCCAACUUUUUACUCACGAAUGCGGCCCCAACUCUGAUCAAAGAGGCUACCGGGUACGAAGAGCGCAUGUUUGCUCAGGACCUCGAGGCAGGCAAGAUUACACUUGGACGUACGCGACGCUGGUGGCACAACGCGGCUGUGAAUAUGCACACUGAGGCAGAUCGUCGGGAUCCUUGGGGUCAAGCCAAUCCAGUGAACCGUCCAACUGCUCACAAGAUUUACGCCCGUGGAUUAGUAGACCUCGCAGUAGCCACGCCACCUCUGCGAGACUCGGAGUUGCCAGAGACACUCGAGCUCGAUCGGGCUCGCAUUUCCCGUAUCCGCGAGGAUGCGCUGCGAGUUACUACCAUCGGUGGUAUACUCCUCACUGCAAAGAACCUGCUCAAACGAGAUGUCCGGUCUCAGUGGAAGUCAGAAGCCAGCAAAAUGUGGCUAGUUCUCAAGGAUGGAUACAUGAAGGAUCCCUCGACGCCAUCGAAGAUUUCGUCGCUCCUCGAAUCAUCCCGCAACAUGCCCCCGUCCACAAGAGCACAGCUCUCUUCCACAGUCACUCGCUUGCUCACUCAAGCCGAGUCUGGAAAACUGGCUGAUCCUGUGUUGAAGGUACUUUUUCAACGCUUGAAGACGCACAUUUUCAAUCGUGUCUCAGCUAGCAGCUCGGGCGAGCGCGUCAAGGCUGCCAGCACAGCGACGGAGGGCCUGGCUACAACAGGUCUCCCAGAGUUCGGCUCCCAAGUUGCCGAGAUUUGCGAGCAGUUGGGCAAGAUUGGCGAGGUGGAUCGCAAGUGCCACGGCAAAUGGUACGAGGAGAUUGCGGAAGAGAUGGAAAGACUGGGUGUUGAGGGUGAAGAGCUCCGUCGCUCUUCCAGCGCGGAGACUGAGGAAUCCGCAGCGGAUGCAUCCUCUUGA